AUGCGUGCAUCGAAGAAAGAGUAUCUCAGUUUAUUGAUGAUAGUGGCUCUACAUGGACACGAAAUGGUGGUGCGUGAGAUACUGUCACAUUCCCCUAAUAUAGUAACAAUGGUUGAACUCGAAGGACGGAUGCACAGCAUCAAUGGCGAUCUAGUGAACAAUGUAACCGCAUUACGGUGCGCUCUCGGUCGAGCGCAUUUUCCUGUAGCAAGUACUCGGAUCGAUGUAGGUAGAGCCAAUAUCAACCAUGGUCCAGUUCAUCCAUUAUUACUGGAUGCUGUAAUUAGAGGAAGACUUGACAUUGUUGAUUUGCUCAUUGAAAAUGGCUAUGCUGAUGUCAAUCAAACAAAAACGAAUGAUGAAAAUAGACGUAAUAGUCUUAUUGUAUCGGUCAUGUAUGGUCAUACAUCGAUCGUCGAGUAUCUUAUUAAAAGAAAUGCUGAAUUGGAAUCGAAAACACAUGUUGAUGGAAACACAGCAUUGCGGCAAUAG